AUGGCAGUCGGAUUUGUCUCUCCAGCUCUUCGGCCGUUGAGAAAGCGGAGACCCUUUCACCGACGAAACAACACUGUGUGUGCUGCCGACGGACCAGUAUCUCCGACGCGACGGGAACUGCUUCAGGCCUUUGCAGUCGCCCCACUAGCCUCUCUAGCAACCGCCUCCGAGCGGGCCUUGGCAGCAGAGACUCGCCCGCGAAGCCCGUGGGAUCGAUUGUAUGAUUCGCGCAGUGGGUCUUUCGUUCCCGCUUCGGCCCUGGCAGCGCUUCUAAGACGAGACGUUGGACUAUCUUUCAAUCGCUGCAUCGUAGCAGGCGAAAUUCACGACAACGUCUGUACGCAUGCGGCCCAGCUUGCAGUCAUCGAUGGUGCCGCUCGCCUUCCGGAUGCCAUGCCGCUCACGGUUGGGUUCGAGCAAUUCUAUAGAAUGCACAACAUGUAUCUAGACGCCUUUAUAGAGGGGAAAAUAUCAACGGGUGAGCUCCUGCAGAAAACAAGAUGGGCAGAGACUUGGGGCUUCGACCCGAAGCUGUACACGCCAAUUUUUGAGUAUUGCAGAGACAAUCAGAUUCCGAUGGUAGGGCUCAACCUCCCAGUUCAAUUUGUGAAGCAGGUGAGCAAUUACGGCUUGGAAGGCCUACCAGAAGGCUUGAAGCAGUUCUUACCUGAUAACAUGGAUGUUGGAAACAAGGAACAUUACCGUCAUUUCAUGCAACUAAUAGGCGUUGAUAGCUCCCACAUCGGUGCAAACCCAGAUCAGGCUCUUCUUGAUCGAUACUACGAGGCUCAAGUGCUUUGGGAAGAAUGGAUGAGCCAAUCUGUCGCGAUGUCGCUCAAAGACCGCCCAGGCACGAGAAUGGUUGCGCUUAUUGGCUCUGGUCAUGUCGAGGGACGGUAUGGGUUUCCAAAUCGCAUUGAACGACGAAGCGCGGAAAGACCGUACACGGUAGUUCCGCGUCCGGUGGCAUGGACCUCAAACGAAGGGCAUUCCAUGCCUAACAUUUCUCGUCCUGAGGUGGAUAUCGCUGACCUAGUUUGGUACACAAGACGCAAGAUUGACCUUGUAUAGUGCGCAAUAUCUUAUGAACGAAUGUAUUGGAAUAUUCUGACUAGGCGCAAUCCUUGAAGACAAUUUACUCUCAUCAGUUUGUACAGUACCCUUCUCACUGGCUCAAUGUGGGACGCAUAAGAAGUUAUGAUAAAUAUGCGAAUGCAGUGCGUAUUCGAAGAAAAUUGCC